AUGCAGUCAUUUUUAAAAGAAUUUUAACUGCCUUUAGAUCAGAGUUAGCAUUCAGCCACUUUAUUUUAAUAAUUUUAGCAUGAUAGAUCAAAUUCUACUAAUUGCCAUUCCUCUUAAUAAAAACGAAGAACUAUUUAAGAAUUACUAAAAUAAUAAAUACAUCAUAAUAGAGCAUUUAAAUCAGCUUUGAAUUCCUUUAAUGGCUCUCCUCUUAGAGAUAACAUUUGCUCCAGUCCUAAAUCUUAAAUUAAAUAAGGAUAAUUCAAUAAAACAUUUGUAUAAGAAUAACAGUCUCCUUCUAAUACUAAAAAGAUGUUUUUAAUAGUAACAGAUUUUAAUAAUAAACAUUACAAAAUUAUUUCUAGCACUAAAGAUGAUCCAAUCAACUAAAGAAAACAAAGCCAAUCAUCUCCGCGCGAAGAUAAAGGAAUUCUCUUAUCAAAUCUUAGAUUAAAAUAAGCAUUUGUAGGGAACAUUCAAUUCGAAUCUGAGGAGGACAAAAAAACCUAAGGUUCUCUUUUAAAAAAUAGACCUAAGACAGUAUUAAAUAGUUUAGAUAUCAAAAAAAGAAUAAUAUCUCAUUAAAGUAACUCUCCAUGCUAAUUUCGUAAAAAUAAAUUAAACUAAACUCUAAGAGACUCAACUUCAAGGCAGAAUUAAUCAUUUAAUGACAAUACUUCAUCAACAUAAAUUUAAUUAUAAAUUGAUUUAUAUAAAGCCUUAGAAGCAUAGAAUGCUUCAUCACAUUAAUUUCCUGCAAAUAUGCCAGUAAAAACAAGAAAGUAUAGGCUCAAAAAAGAAGAUGUUAUUGAAAAAGUUUUAAAGGAACAAAGAUAGAAAGAGUGCUUUUAAGCCAAAGAAAAAAUUAGAUCAAUGACUUAAUAUACUUAAAACGAUUUGAAUUCCUCAUUUAACAAAGACUAGUAUUUAGAUAGUAUAAUUAACUCAUAAUCAGCUUUUAAAAAUCAUUUUGAUGGUUACAAUCCAAUCUAAAGCUCCUUAAUUUGCAAAGGGACAAGAACUUUUUCAAAUUACAACUCUCCAAUCACAAAAAGAGAGAGAUAUUAAAAAAUUAUGAAUCAAUCAGCAUAGAUAUCAAAAGAUCAAAUCAAUUCAAUUACAAACUCAUAAUCGGAAUUAUAAGUAAAUAAUUCUAGCGAAAAAAAAUAUAUAUAAGAGUUCGAGGAAAAAAUCAUAUAAAGCUAAUUUAUAGUAACUCCAGAAAGGAUAGUACUUCCUUCAAAAGAUUCUUAAAAAUUUGACAAAAAACAAUUCAAAGAUAUGAGUAAAUCUGAUUACAAAUCAAAGCAGUUUUAUAACUAAUAUAAUAACAAAGAUUAGUUUAAUCAUACAAUAACAUAAAAUAAUACUGAAAAUUCUAUUUGUUAAGUUUAGUAAGAAGACAUAAAAAGUUUAUAUCACAAUCAAAAUGCAACCAAAACUGUAGAAAAAGGGUCUAAAUAAAAAAACAGCAGUAAUUCUCAGAGAGAAGCUCAUACAUCACCAUCAUAUUAAAUAGCCUCAAAUGUAAAAAGUAUUUAGUGA